UUUCAGCUACGACUUUGGAUUAUUUGCGGCAAUCAUGGUCUUGCAGCGUGGCGUUCAGCUGUUUUUCCUACUGAGUGCUCUUUUGCAACUCCCCGCAUCAAAUGGGGAGGUGCUGGUGGAUUUGCCCAAUGGUAGAAUUCAAGGCCUCACUCAAUACACCUACUCAGGAGUGGAAUAUAACUCAUUUUAUGGAGUGCGGUAUGGCCGAAGCCCGGUGGAAGAACUGAGAUUUCAGCCCCCACAGCCAGUGGAAGCUUGGGAGGAUGUGUUCGAUGCAACGGAGGAAAAGGGGAUUUGCUUUCAAGUGCCUGGCGACUUCGACUUGGAGACUGAAGACUGUCUUCUCUUGAAUUUAUAUACGCCAGCUGUGAACGCUUCCGCUGGACUGCCGGUGAUGUUCUUCAUCCAUGGAGGCGGAUUUGUGGAGGGCAGCGGAAUACUCAGCUGGGGCGUGGGACCGCAGUUUUUCAUGGAGUAUGGAGUGAUAAUGGUCGCAAUCAACUAUCGAAUUGGCCCUUUUGGUUAUCUAUCGACUGGGGACGAAGUGAUUCCUGGCAACGUCGGGUCGAAGGACCAAAUCCUGGCCCUUCAAUGGGUGAAGGAAAACAUCCGAUUCUUUGGCGGAGAUCCGGACAAAGUCACGGUGUUCGGCCAGAGUGCGGGCGCAGCCUCCAUUUCCUAUCUCCUGCUUAGUCCUUUGGCUGAAGGGUUGUUCAGGGCCGCGAUUUUGGAAAGCGGCUCCGCCCUCAAUCCUUGGGCCUACCAGCGGGACCAGGUAGAAAUCACCUACCAAACGGCCGCUCUGUUAAAUGCGGAAUUUGAAACCAACAGAAACAGCUCGGAUCUUUUGCGGUUUCUUCAGAGUGUGCCUGGAAAGGAGCUGGAUGCCGCUUCUUAUGCCAUCAGCGAGCAAUUGGAUAAUCCGGGAAAUUUGCAGAUUUCCAAGGGAUUCUACUGGACGCCAGUGAUCGAGAGCCAGUACGAGGGGGCUUUUCUAACCCAAAGACAGUAUGAAGGUUUUGAGAGCGGCAGCUUCAUUCGGGUGCCGAUUUUGAUCGGUUUCAAUGCGGAGGAGAGCAUGUUCAUGCUGUCCAGCACUUUUGAGACAACACUCAAAGCGUACGAUGAAAACAGCAAGUUUUUGGUGCCAUUCGACUUCCACGUGGAGGAGCAGCAGAUGCUUUCGGAAAUUGGGGAUGAAAUCAAGGAGUUUUACUCCCCUGAUCGGGAAUUGGAGGACAAUACCCUGGGGGGACUGCAAUAUCAUUCCACUCAAGACUUUGAUAAGGCCGUGCUUAAGCAGGCGGAACUGGCUGCUGCCUUUGUGCCGGUUUACCUCUACGAGUUUACCUAUAGUGGGCCGAUGGGCAACAACCAGUAUAAACUGGAAGGUUCUGGCGCCGUUCGGCAUGGCGAAGAGCAAAACUACAUCUUCAACCGCUGGUACAGUGAUGAGAUCCCCGAUAACUCCGACUUGAGCAAAUUUCCAGAGGCUGAUGCCAAAGUGCGAUCCAGAUUUUUGACGCUGUUCACCAACUUUGCCAAGGAACUCAAUCCCACUCCUGGUCAAGAGGAGAUGCUGCAAAGCAUCAUCUGGCCAACACUGCAGCCAGAUGAUUGGCAAUAUCUGGAAAUUGGGGAGGACUUGACGGUGCACGCCAAUGUGCCCAAAGCCGCCAUGUACAGCUUCUGGCAAAACAUCUACAACAUUUACGCGCAAAAGCCUUUGGAUACUUACUAAGUUUGGCUAAAUAAAAAUUUAAACAGGAAAA